UAAUUUAUCAAUCCACAAUUUUAAGUCAAGUCAAUCGCCUCUCAAACUCUCUCUUUCUCUUUCUUUCUCUCUCCUCUCCUCUCAACCUUCCAGAGAGUUCCGAAGGUCGAAGACUAUUCAACAAUGGCGACGGAUCUCGAGACCAAGGCUAAGGAAGCUUUCAUCGACGACCACUUCGAAUUAGCCGUCGAACUCUACUCUCAAGCCAUUGAUUUGAACCCUAAUAACGCCGAACUUUUUGCCGACCGUGCUCAAGCCAACAUCAAACUCUCUAACUUCACUGAGGCUGUUGCUGAUGCAAACAAAGCCAUCCAGUUGGAUUCUUCAAUGGCUAAGGCUUACUUACGGAAAGGAACUGCGUGUAUGAAGCUUGAGGAAUAUCAGACUGCCAAGACAGCCUUCCAAGCUGGGGCUGGCUUAGCUCCUGAAGAUUCAAGAUUUAAAAUUUUUAUCAAGGAAUGUGAUGAGUGUAUUGCAGAAGAGAAUGCCAUUUUUUCAAAACCUUCAGUCGAAAAUACUACCAAUGCACAAGCAGCCAGUGCUCCUGCCGUUGAUGGACAUUCUAGUCCAACAACUGCAUUGCCAGUAUCAAAACCAAAAUUCAGGCAUGAAUUCUAUCAGAAGCCUGAGGAAGUAGUAGUAACUGUUUUUGCAAAGGGUAUACCAGCCAAAGAUGUUGCCGUUGACUUUGGUGAACAAAUUCUGAGUGUUACCAUUGAUCUUCCUGGUGAAGAACCAUAUCAUCUUCAACCUCGCUUAUUUGGAAAGAUAAUUCCCGCCAAAUGCAGAUAUGAUGUCUUGUCCACAAAAAUUGAAAUCCGUCUUGCAAAAGCUGAACCAAUUCAAUGGACGUCUUUGGAAUAUGUCAAGGAUGUUGUUGUUCCCCAAAAGAUAAACAUUUCAACUCCUGCACAGAGGCCAUCUUACCCAUCCUCAAAACACAGGGGAGUGGACUGGGACAAGUUGGAAGCUCAGGUGAAGAAAGAGGAGAAGGAUGAAAAAUUGGAUGGUGAUGCAGCUUUGAACAAAUUUUUCCAGGACAUAUAUCGAGAUGCUGAUGAGGACACUAGAAGAGCUAUGCAGAAAUCCUUUGUGGAGUCAAAUGGAACAGUGCUGUCAACAAACUGGAAGGAUGUGGGCGCAAAGAAGGUUGAUGGAACCCCUCCUGAUGGCAUGGAGAUGAAGAAAUGGGAAUACUAAGUCUUUCUAUCUUACAUUUAAUCUUGUGCAGUUUUUUGGCCUGCUAUAGUCUUUUAUUUUUCCAGACUACAUGUUGGGUGGCUAAUCGUACUCAUUGAAGUCGAGGUCUCUUGAUUUUGUUUUGUUGUCUCAGUUAAAAGCUAUUAUUGAGCUUCAAAACCUUUAGUCUGUUAUUUUGUGAAAUAGCUGAGGAUAAUCUUUAUAUUUCAAAGAUGCUUAGUCUAGAAAAUGGUUAUCUUUAAUUGUCAGCAAGUUAAAGUUAUAUUCUCUCUAAAUUCUCAACA